AUGACCUCUGAGGUCACCGUUAAGGGAUGCAAGAGGCAGGCUGACCGGGCAGCUGGCCGGGGCACCGCCACUCCACGGCAGAGUCUCACCCUCUUCCUCCCCCCCCCCAGCCGGCUCAGUUCGGGGAAGCUGCAAGAGUUUGGCGUGGGGGAUGGCAGCAAGCUGACGCUGGUGCCCACCGUGGAAGCGGGCCUCAUGUCUCAGGCCUCGAGGCCCGAACAGUCUGUGAUGCAGGCCCUCGAGAGUUUGACCGAGACCCAGCCCCCAGCGGCGCCCAGGCCGGGCCGGGCUGGCGGAGGAGGCUUCCGGAAAUACAGAUUCAUUUUAUUUAAGCGUCCGUGGCACCGACAGGGACCCCAGAGCCCAGAGAGGGGCGGCGAGAGGCCCCAGGUCAGUGAUUUCUUGUCCGGCCGCUCACCGCUGACCCUGGCACUUCGAGUGGGUGACCAUAUGAUGUUCGUCCAGCUGCAGCUAGCUGCUCAGCAUGCCCCACUGCAGCACCGCCACGUGCUGGCUGCUGCUGCAGCUGCAGCCGCCGCUGCCCGAGGGAACCCCAGCAUAGCCACUCCUGUGUCUUCUCCCUGCCGGCCAGUGUCCAGUGCUGCCCGCGUCCCCCCGGUGCCCACCAGCCCUUCGCCUGCGUCCCCUUCACCUGUCACUGCCGGCUCCUUUCGAUCCCAUGCAGCCUCCACCACCUGCUCUGAGCAGAUGGAUUGCUCUCCCCCAGCCAGCAACAGCAUCAGCCCUGGUGCCAACACCACAUCCACCCCAGGGGGCAGCCCUACACCCCGCUCCCGCAAACCUGGCGCUGUCAUUGAGAGCUUUGUAAACCACGCCCCAGGGGUCUUCUCAGGGACCUUCUCUGGCACACUGCACCCCAACUGCCAGGACAGCAGCGGGAGGCCGCGACGUGACAUCGGCACCAUCCUGCAGAUCCUCAACGACCUCCUGAGUGCCACACGGCAUUACCAGGGCAUGCCCCCCUCGCUGACCCAGCUCCGCUGCCAUGCCCAGUGCUCGCCCGCUUCACCGGCCCCCGACCUCACCCCCAAAACUACCUCCUGCGAGAAGCUGGUGCCCUCAGCCUCCCUGCUACAGAGCCAGAUCCGCAUGUGCAAGCCCCCCCCAGGGGACAGGCUGCGGCAGACGGAAAACCGGGCCACGCGUUGCAAGGUGCAGCGUCUGCAGCUGCUGCUGCAGCAGAAGCGGCUGCGCAGGAAGGCCCGGCGCGACGCCCGCGGCCCCUACCACUGGCCGCCCAGCCCCAGCGAAGCCGCGGGCCUGGGCCUCGACUUCGAGGACUCCAUGUGGAAGCCGGAAGUCAACCCCGACAUCAAGUCAGAGUUCGUGGUCGCUUAGGAUCCGGCCCCCUCGGCCCCCUCGGCCCUGGCGGUCCAGGCCAGGCACCGGCCCGGGACGGGAGAGCGCGGCUCAGCCCGGAGAAGGCGGUCACCUCCUUCCCAUCCAGUAGCCUUUCUCUCUCUCUUUGUUUUUUUAAACUCUUACCAUGGUCUUCUGACCCCCCAUGGACUUGGCUUCCUACCUCUCCUCCUGACACAGCCCCACCUCGUCCCCCUCCCGUGUCCCGGCCACCUUCCCCAGCUCCACAUAUGUAGCAUCUUUCCAGAUGGCUGAGAGCGGCGACCAG